CAGCCGGAAGGGGCGGAGCCGAAGCGGCGGCGGCUAAGGAGGCAGCAGUGGCGGCGGCGGCGGCUCUGGAGGCCGCAGUCCUGGUCCUGGCUUCGGCCCCAGCCCCACCAUGGUGACGCUCGCUGAGCUGCUGGUGCUCCUGGCCGCUCUUCUGGCCACGGUCUCGGGCUACUUCGUCAGCAUCGACGCGCAUGCUGAGGAGUGCUUCUUCGAGCGGGUCACCUCGGGCACCAAGAUGGGCCUCAUCUUCGAGGUGGCCGAGGGCGGCUUCCUGGACAUCGACGUGGAGAUUACAGGACCUGAUAAUAAAGGAAUUUAUAAAGGAGAUCGAGAGUCCAGUGGGAAAUACACAUUUGCUGCUCACAUGGAUGGAACAUAUAAGUUUUGUUUUAGUAAUAGGAUGUCCACCAUGACUCCAAAGAUAGUGAUGUUCACCAUUGAUAUUGGGGAGGCUCCAAAAGGACAAGACAUGGAAACAGAAGGUGGUGGCGAUACCUGGGAUGCUCACCAGAACAAGCUAGAAGAGAUGAUUAAUGAGCUAGCAGUUGCGAUGACAGCUGUAAAGCAUGAACAGGAGUACAUGGAAGUCCGGGAGAGGAUACACAGAGCCAUCAAUGACAACACAAAUAGCAGAGUGGUCCUCUGGUCCUUCUUUGAAGCUCUUGUUCUAGUUGCCAUGACAUUGGGACAGAUCUACUACCUGAAGAGAUUUUUUGAAGUCCGGAGGGUUGUUUAAAAAGCCUUUUCCUGAUGAUCCCAAACUCAUAAUUCACUGUUUACCAUACACCUUGGUCAUAAUAAUGUCAUUAGUUUCUAUGUUUUUAUUUUCUGAACUGUACAUUCACAGCUUAUGUUUCUUUGUGAUUAAUAGAUAUUGGGAGGAAAACACCUUUUUAGGAAAGUUAUAGUGAAAUUUUGACAUUUGAUUGGCAUAAUUUCUUAUUUAAAUGCUGUGUCCAGAACUCAAACACUGUAAAUGAAAUAUAAGAGUAUAGUCCUUAUUAUGUGUUCUUUUUCUUUUGUUUUCAUAAUAAAGUGCAGUUUGUUCAGGAAAUUGGCACAAAGCCUUAUAGUACUAUACUAAAAUGACUGCAUUGUUUGGAUUCCUUCAUCCUGUGGUUCAAUUCAUUAAAGAUUCAUUUUGUUGAAUCCUUAUGAGAAAGAACAUUCUGAAUCUCCACAUUUUCUUCCCAUCCUAAUGGCAGAACUCUUUGACGUUGGAGUAUUCUACCAGGCUGGGUAGUUUUAUACUUUUAUCUUGUUUUUGUUUUAAAGAUAAGACUUGCCCCCAAACACAUUUUUCCCCUCUGAAUUUUUACAUUGAACCUUAGGACUCAAUCACCUCCAAUUAAAUUGAUGACACAAGCAGCUAAUAACUAAUUUUAGGUUUCUGCCUAAUCUUGUAAGAAGUCUCUGUCAAAGCUAAUUCUCUGGGUGUUUCAGCUAAAACUAGCUCUUUUUCUUUCUGUGCUGGCACAUCCACUUUCUCCACUCUUGUCAUGUAGGAAGUAUGCAUUCACAUAAUUGGAAAAAAUCUGGAUUUCUGAUGCCAAAGGGUUAAAGCCUCUUGGAUUUCAUUGUGGUGAUUUACAGCCACUAUUUUAUUUUUGGUCAAGUGGCCUAUGGGCCACUGUUUAACUCGGGCACUGAACAUCAGUGUCAAUACUAGGGUUUUUGUUUUUGUUUCUCUUGGGUCUUUUUUGGCACAUGUGAAUUUUGUUUUGUAUAACAUGAAAUGACUUUCUCUUGAUCUCUGAUGAUGGAUUUAAAAUUAAAGGAGCAUCUGGUUUUAGUGUGGGGAUGAUCCAGGAUUAUGUUGUGACUGAUGUAUAUUAGUUACUUGUACAUUGUUUUUGGAUAUUUGCAAGGGGAAAACUACAAGUAACGAGUUUUAUAUAAUUAAUUUAAAUUUGUUACAGGUUUUCACGUUCAGGAUAAACAAUUUUUCAACCUUAGGUGAAAAUACUUGCAACAGUUUAUUGAUAAGGUGACUGUUUCACCUUAGGAAUACUGUUGCAUGCCAAUUUUUUUGUGUGUGUGUGAAGACACUUCAAAAUUGAAUUAAAAGAUGUAAAUUUAAAAUUGAUUGUGUAUCUUAAUAUGCCCCAGGUUCAGUAAAUAAACAAUUCUUUUUAAAAACA